GAAUGCUCCUACUUUGGAGGCGAAAAACAGUCGGAUUAAUAUGCCUUUUUUCAAUUCUUCUCACUAUAUAUCUCUACGUCUCAAUGUAUCCAGAAGAUAACGAGAGAGUAUGGAAUAGUGGAAACGCAGAUAUUCAGAGAAAACAUGAAAAACUAAAUAAUGGAGGACAGGGACGACACGAUUUUGAUGAUGAUGAGGGCGCGGAAAAGGAUGAAGAGGAUGCGGUCGAGAAACAGAACAUCGCCGCUCCACCACUUCCAAAAUCAUUCACAACAUUCCCGGAUCGUUCAAAAGAAAUUGAGAUUGACACAGAUUUGCUGGGGAAAAUAAAUGGAAAAGCCGAAGAUGAUCUACAAGUUGAAGGUUAUAAAAAGUAUCAGUUUAACGGAUUACUAAGUGAUCGAAUUGGAUCAAGAAGGAAGAUCAAGGACUCUAGAAAUGCCAGAUGCUCUUCUCUAACAUAUUCCGACAGCUUACCAGCUGCCUCCAUAGUUGUUUGUUAUUUCAAUGAAUCACCUUCCGUGCUAAUCCGAAUGGUGAAUUCAAUUUUCGAUCGUACAAAACCAGAACAUCUCCAUGAAAUUCUACUUGUGGAUGAUUCAAGUGAAUGGUCGAAUGCAACUGAUGAAGCUAUCAAGUACAGAGAAAAACAUAUUAUUCAAUGGGAAAAAGUAAAGUUUUUGAAGACUGACAAGAAUGAGGGAUUGAUUAGAGCAAAGAUUUUUGGAGCAAGAAGGGCUAAUGGAGAAGUUUUGGUAUUCCUGGAUAGUCACUGUGAAGUAAACGAAGAAUGGCUUCCACCACUUCUCGAUCAAAUCAAACAGAAUCGCCGUCGUGUCGUAUGCCCAAUCAUUGAUAUAAUCGAUGCAAUCACUAUGAAAUACGUGGAAUCUCCUGUUUGCACAGGCGGUGUCAAUUGGGCAAUGACAUUCAAAUGGGAUUACCCCCAUCGAUCCUACUUUGAGGAUCCGAUGAAUUAUGUGAACCCGUUGAAAUCGCCUACAAUGGCUGGUGGUCUUUUUGCGAUUGAUAAAGAAUAUUUCUUUGAAAUUGGAAGUUAUGAUGAGGGAAUGGAUGUUUGGGGAGCUGAAAAUGUGGAAAUUAGUGUUAGGAUAUGGACCUGCGGUGGAGAACUUCUGAUUAUGCCGUGCAGCCGAGUUGGCCACAUUUUCCGCCGCCAACGCCCAUACGGAAUAAAAACGGAUUCAAUGGGAAAAAAUUCAGUCCGGCUGGCAAGAGUAUGGCUUGAUGAAUAUCUUGAAAAUUUCUUCGAAGCUCGUCCAAACUACCGUACAUUCACCGACUACGGUGAUCUUACAUCGAGAAUCAGUCUACGUAGGAAUUUGCAGUGUAAACCGUUCAAAUGGUAUUUGGAAAAUAUCUAUCCUGAACUAUUACCGGAUAACACACCAAAUCAGCUGAAUAACCAAAUACUUGUCGCUGGAAAGAAAUAUUUGAUUAAAAUGGCAAAUGGAACACAUUGUUUGAGCGCUGAAAACUCGCAGGGAAGGAUUGCAAAUGGGAAUCGGGUGGAAAUGAGAAAAUGUAAUCAUAUGGAGAGAAUGCAACAAUGGAAAUACUCAUCGACGAAUGAGCUACGACCGAUGGGCUCAUCCCGAAUGUGCCUAGAUUCCUUACGAGGGAUUAGUGUCAUUUUGUGUCAUAAUCAAGGAGCACAUCAAAUGUGGCAAGUUUCGAACGCCGGAAAGCUCUACAGUAGAUCAGUGAAUAAAUGUGCAACUGGAUCCAAUGACGUCAGUGCGCUGAGCACUUUAAAAUUCUGCUCUCUUGCGAAUAGCUUCCAAUUCGUUGAGCUAUAAGUAUUGAUAUUUUAUUUUUGAAAAAAAAAAAUUUUCUCAAAAUUUUUUUUCUAUGGGUACUUUUCUCUCCCUGAAACUCUAAAACUGGUCCAAAAUUGCCUUUCCCUUCCCAAAUCUUGUGAUAAUUUUAAUAAAUUUUUUUGCG